UGAAAACAAUGGAUUCACUGCUCCAUGACUGGCCUGAACCGGUGGUCGCCGUUCAAUCCAUCGCCGAGAGCGGCUCCACAUUAAUCCCCAAUAAGUACGUGAAACCAGCCGCCGACCGCCCCACGGUGCCCGGAUCAUCGGCGGGUCGUGAACUGAGUAUCCCGAUUAUCGAUCUCGGGAAACUGGCGGGGGGAGUCGUUGAUUGCCGCGCCGUGAUUCGUGCAAUCUCUGAUGCUUGUCGUGAUUGGGGAUUCUUCCAGGUGGUUAACCAUGGCGUUGAUAUGGAAGUGGUUAGAGCGGUGCUGGGGGUAUGGAGAGAGUUUUUUAAACUUCCAAUGGAGGAGAAGAAGAAGUUGGCUAAUUCGCCGAGGACUUAUGAGGGUUAUGGAAGCAGGCUUGGUGUUGAGAAGGAUUCGUCUCUCGACUGGGGUGAUUAUUUCUACCUUCAUCUUCUGCCACACUGUAUUAAGAACUUUGAUAAGUGGCCAACGGUUCCUGGUGCUUGCAGGGAAAUUACCGAGGAGUAUGGAAGACAGAUGGUUAACUUAUGUGAAACAGUGAUGAAGGUGUUAUCAAUGAGCCUGGGAUUUGACGUAGGGUUUCUGAAGGAGAAGUUUGGAGGAGAAGAGAUUGGAGCCUGCAUGAGGGUUAACUACUAUCCUACAUGCCCACAACCCGAACUAACCCUCGGGCUGUCAGCCCACUCUGACCCGGGUGGGCUCACUGUCCUCCUCGCCGACGACCGGGUUCCCGGGCUUCAGGUGCGCAAGGGGAACGACUGGGUCACCGUCAACCCGAUCCCGGGUGCUCUCAUCAUCAAUGUUGGAGAUCAGAUUCAGGUAUUGAGCAAUGCAACAUACAAGAGUGUGGAACACAGAGUGGUGGUUAAUGAAGCCGAAGAGCGAUUGUCGAUCGCUUUCUUCUACAAUCCAAAGAGCGAUCUUCCAUUAGAGCCUGUGAAGGAGCUCAUAACACAGGAUAGACCACAGCUUUACAGGGCAAUGACAUUUAAUGAGUACAGGCUCUAUAUAAGGAAGAAAGGCCCAAGUGGGAAGACACAGGUCGAGUCUCUAAAAGCCAUGUAAUGAAUAAUAUUGAUAUGCCACUCAUCUUGAUCUAUUGAUUGAUAGCUUUGGCUACUAAUCAAGAGGCCUUGUGUUUGAAGCUUAAGUAUAUGAUGUAUGUAUAUGCUUGAUUUGGCCUAAAUCUCCCUAAAAAAAUAUUGACAUGUGUUGAAAC